AUGUACUGGAAGUCCUGGCAGGCCCAGACCGGCCAAGUCGAAUCGGGCAGCAAACCCGCGCCAAAACAAACACAGCCGCUUUUUUCCUCCUUAAACAACACAUCCCCAGAGGCUGAGGCACUAACACUUUAUUUGUCGCAUCUCGUUGGCUACUUUACCCCAGUGCGCUUGGACCUUAACAGCCUGACUUCGACCUCAUCAGGUGCCCAGUGCCCUGUGCUCACCCUCCGACUGCCUAGCCCAUCUCACGAUCUCCCCGAUCUACGAUUCUGCCCGCCCUCGAACUUUCCUGCCCUCUUCCCCUCCACACCCCUCGAGAAACUUCUCCCUGUGUCGAUUCAACCUCCACGACGCGUACCAUGCCCAUUCGCCGUGAUCGCAAGCACCGAAUCCCCCGCCUCCACUAGUUCGUGCCAGGUUCGCUCAGCCCUGUCGGAGCGGGCCCUGCAGGCAACCGACUCCCACCGAAAGCACCCUCAACCCAUUCAUUCGUCGGUUUUCCAGAGAAUAUCUCGCUGCUCCGUCUUGGGGCCGCUCUCAUUCGUUUCGCCCCAAUACAUUCGCUUUGGCUUGCACCCAGAAGUAACGCGCAUUGACCGAGUUGGCGAACAUCGACUUUUUCUUCCUGUUUCCCCCGGACAUGCGCGUGAGCACCGAGUUGGUACACGACGUCUUAUGAUGACCUUUGGAUACGGCUUGGAACUCUAG